AUGAGUCGUGAGACUCGCACACCACCUUCGGCUACGGUCAUAGUCGAUGAGAGCGACGAGAGCAAUGACAACGACGAUAACAACCUGCUUCGGUUACAGUCCGAAGAGCUUCGCGAGCACAUGGGCCUGCCGCGCAGUCCUGGCGGCACUCCCCCGAGGUAUCAGCCGAGCCUCGCGGCAGGAUUCUUCAUCGAAUUGGCACCAGACUCAAGUAGGGGAUCUCGUUGCAGGCUGCCAACCUGCAAUGAAGGACCCAUCAUUCCCGGCCGCUAUCGUAUUGCUCUCAAUCCUGCAAUGGAAUGGGAUAAUUUCAUGAGGGGCAGAAGCGGGUCAGCUGACUUUUACCACAUUCGAUGUUUUGAGAUGAUUGCAGAUUUCUCGCAGGUUGAUUACCUCAAACGUGUCCAUGCUGUCACUCGCUCGAAUUUCAAAGUGCGGGGUCUAAAGGGAAACAGCAUCCUAAGUGGCAACUACCUUGUUGAGGGCGGAAUCGAGCGACUGGUUUUACAGUGGAGGGUCGAGAGAUGUAGACAGAUUUAUGCCGGCGAUGGAAACGCCGAAAGCGCUGAACCAAUGGCUGAGAAUUUUGCAAACCUCUUGGACAAGGCUGGGUUGCCGGGUUUCGAAGCUGAAAAACCCGAGGGCAUGACAUCCCACGAAUAUCGUAACUUGCUCACCAUUCUCGCACCAAAUGAGAGCGACGGCCCCGAAGACAAUGACGUAUGGAAUUUGUUUGAGCAAUACCUCUACACUCGAAAGCCUGGCAGUUUGGACAAUCGGCAUGAUCUGAGCGACAUGAUCGACGCCUGGUGGUUUGAUGCUCUUCUUGCUUCGAAAAACGAGGACAACCUCAGCCAGGCUUUGAAAGAGGAGAGGGACAAGCUAGGACCUAAGGCUAUUAGAGCUCUGAAGAGAAUGAGCCAAAUUCCCAUGCCCGACCUUCAAGGUAACUUUCGUUGA